CGCCUGAAUCUGUCGUUUGAGUUGUGAAUGACUCCUUUAACUUCUAAUAAACAGUCACUGCGGUGAGUUAGGGAGGAAUUAUCCACCGUAGCAGCUUGGGCGCUUGUUCGGCUGUCGCCAGCAUGGCGGGGCCUCUGCUGGAGUUUGAGACGGAGAUGUUUUUGAGCCUGUUCGGCAGCGACGGGCUGCUGGUGACGGCUGAGGGGAUGGGGAUAGACCGCAUCCUGCUGCAGUUCAUGAGGGUUUACUCCGAGCAGGGCAGCCUGGUCCUUCUGCUCAACACAACCACACCUGAACAGGAGUUUUUCACAGAGCAGUUGCGGGUGGAGGGGGUGAGCCACCUUCCCAGGACGGUGACCAGCGACAUCCAGAGCACUGAGCGUUACAACGUCUACACCGAGGGCGGGGUCCUGUUUGUCACCAGCAGAAUCCUGGUGGUGGAUUUCCUCACUGAUCGCAUCCCUGCUCACCUCAUUUCAGGUAUCCUGGUGUACCGUGCUCAUAAAAUCAUCGAGUCCUGUCAGGAGGCCUUCAUCCUUCGUCUGUUCAGACAGAAGAACAAGACGGGCUUCAUCAAGGCCUUCACUGACAAAGCCACAGCCUUCUCUUCAGGCUUCUGUCAGGUGGAGCGAGUGAUGAGAAACCUCUUUGUAAAGAAGCUCUUCCUGUGGCCCAGGUUCCAAGCAUCAGUGAACUCAACACUGGAGAGACAUAAGCCCGAAGUGGUGGAGCUCCAUGUGUCGCUGACGCCGGCGAUGAGAGCCAUUCAGAGUUCCAUCCUGGACAUUAUGAGCGCCUGCCUCAAGGAGCUCAAACGGUACAACCCCACCCUGGAGGCUGAGGACCUCUCUCUGGAGAACACGCUGGGAAAUGCUUUUGAAAAGACGAUCCGCCACUACCUGGACCCCCUGUGGCAUCAGCUGGGAGCCAAAACCAAAGCCCUGGUUCAAGAUCUGAAAGUGCUGCGGGUUCUUCUUCUCUACCUCACCCAGUACGACUGCAUCACCUUCCUCAAUCUGCUGGAGUCGCUGCGCUCCAGCCAGAAGAUGUUUGGAGCCAAUGCAGGUUGGCUAUUCUUGGACUCCAGCACCUCCAUGUUUGUGAACGCCCGGAGCCGAGUGUACCGAACUCCCGAGAGCAAGAAGAAACUGAAAGUGGGAGCAGAAGCGGAGAAGCACAAGUCGUCCUCCGCCUCGGAGGUGAAGAGGGAGCUGGUGCUGGAGAAGAGCCCGAAGUGGGAGGCCCUGACAGAGGUGCUGGAGGAGAUCGAGAAGGAAAACAAGAGCUCUGAGCACGAACCAGGUCGAACCUUGAUCUGUGCCAGCGACGACCGGACCUGCGCCCAGCUGCAUCAGUUCAUCAAGCACGGCUCCGACUGGCUGCUCAACCGACUGUACACUCGCACAAUCGGCAAACGGGACCCGGCAGCAGCUGCCGCCUUCGAACUAGACUCCGACAAAAAGGGAAAAGGGUUUGUCAGUAAAAGAGCCAAGGGGAAGAAUCCUGCUUCUAAAAAAAACACCAAGACCUCAAAAAACAAAAGCAGACCCUCCCUGACUCUGACCCAGAUGGUGGGAAAGAACGAGGCGGCUGGUUCUGCCGUGAUGGGCAGCAGCGGAGACGAAUUAACAGAGGAGGAAGACGAAGAAGAGCAGCUCAAGUUGGGUUUGUCAUCCGACGCUUAUUAUGGAGUCCUGAAGGAGCCGAUGACUGUCAUCCACCCGCUUAAGGGCUGCACUGACCCCCACAGCCUGACCCGGGUGCUUCACGAGGUGGAACCCAGCUUCGUGGUGCUGUACGACGCUGAAGUGAGUUUUGUCCGCCAGCUGGAGAUCUACAAAGCAAACCGGCCAGGAAAGCCGCUCCGGGUGUACUUCCUCAUCUAUGGAGGCUCCACGGAAGAACAGAAGUACCUGACAGAGCUGUCGAAGGAGAAGAAAGCUUUUGAGCACCUCAUCAAGGAAAAGGCUACCAUGGUGAUCCCAGAGGAGAGGGAAGGGCGAGAAGACACCAAUCUCGACCUCGCUCGAAAUUUAGAGCCUGCCAAUGCCACAACAAACACCCGCAAAGCAGGAGGGCAGGAGCAGUCCAGCGAGCCGUCCAGAGUCAUCGUUGACAUGCGUGAGUUCCGCAGCGAACUGCCAUCCCUGCUCCACCGCCGCGGUUUGGACAUCGAGCCCGUCACCCUGGAGGUCGGGGACUACAUCCUGACCCCAGAGACCUGCGUCGAGCGCAAGAGCGUGAGCGACCUGAUCGGCUCGCUGCAGAGCGGCCGCCUCUACACCCAGUGCCUCUCCAUGACCCGCUACUACCAAAAGCCGGUGCUGCUCAUCGAGUUCGACCCGGCCAAGCCCUUCUCCCUCAUGGCCCGCUCCGACUUCCGCCACGAGAUUUCGUCCAACGACGUAUCGUCCAAACUCACCCUGCUCACGCUGCACUUCCCCCGGCUCCGGAUACUCUGGUGUCCCUCCCCGCACGCCACAGCCGAGCUCUUCCUGGAGCUGAAGCAAGGCCGAGCGCAGCCCGACGCCGCGGCGGCUCAGGCGGUCACGGCCGAGUCGGACACCGUGGCUGAAUCUGCAGACCUGUACAACCCCGGGCCGUACGACUUCCUGCUGAAAAUGCCCGGGAUCAACGCCAAAAACUGCAGGGCUCUCAUUAAAAACGCGGACAGCCUGGCGGACGUCGCCAAGCUCAGCCAGGACCGGCUCGCUGAGAUUCUUGGGAAUGUGAACCAUGCUAAGUCAUUAUAUGAGUUUCUGCACAACGUGGCUGACGUGCCUGCGCCUGCUCAGAAAGCCAAAAAGACGUGAUAGUAGCAGAGCAACCAUUCAGACAGAAACAUUCUGUCAUCUCAAAGUAGGGUGAAAGAAUGAUGUAACCUGAACUAUCAGAAAGUUAGUUUUUUUAUGUAAGCUAUGUAUUAUAUUCAUGUGCAGAAUUAAUUUUUCUGUAAUUUUGAGGUUUUAUUGUAUUUUGAAAAAUACUCUGCAAAUGUGACAUAUGGAAUGAGUAUUGGCUAUUCUCUUAACAUGAAGGAAAUAUUUUUAAUACUCAGAAUUAAUAAUAUUCCUUCAACUUUUAU